AUGUCUUUGGAAAACCUAGAUCAGCUAAGGACGCCAACGUUGGAACUCACCGAGGGAUACAAGUUUCCGAAAACUCAAGGGGAAAUUGUGUUAUGCAGCAAGAGGAUCCUCCUCUUAGUUGAAAAACAACAGGUUAGCAUCUACAACGGGUUUCUAAUCAACAGAGUUUUGAAAUAUGACGAAGAGAUUGUGAAAGCAUGCAUUACAACCUUUGUGAUAAAGGAGCUGCCGACGCAGAUUUUGGCCGUGUGCUUUAGAAAACACAUCAAUUUUUACUACCCCAAUUGGAAAUUGUACACUUUGCAUCUACCGUUUGAAAUUGUGCUGGUGAAGGAGUAUGAGAAAGGGUUGGUGUUGCAAACGCGAAUGGAGCUAUACCUUGUGAAUAAGGAUUUUGACUUGAAGUUUGUGGACAAGGACACCAACAGUGCAUUCUCCAGUCAUGAGAUUGUGUGCACCUAUCGCCAGCGAGAUAAAGGUGUGUCUCUUUGCACCACUGUACUCGACGGUAUGGUCAAUGUAUACCACGUCAAGAACUCGUCGCGGAGCAUGAACUUCAACUCCAAAGCAUUUGCAAAGCUGCUGAAGAAGAAACAUUAUUCAAUGUCAACCAUACCGUCCAUCGGCAAACACUCAGAACCCAACUUGAGCCAAUUUAUCAUUUCGGAGCAUCGCACCAGCACGCUACUCUCGGAGGCUCGAGUUUCCAACCAAAGCAGUGCGAGCGUGGCCAAUCUUCUCCAAAAGGAUGUCAUCUUGUCCAAAAUCGAGUCAAUUGGGUCAGGGUCGAAAUUGAGUAGAACGCAUUUCCGAAUAUUUGACAUUAGUUUCGAAGAUCAAGAGGGAAUCGUGAUUGUAAACAAGCUCAAACAGGAGCUACAUGUCUACAGAUACAACUCGUAUUCAAAAUACCAGUCAGUUUACAAGUGUCCAUGUCUCGAUAGUAUUCCCUUGGGCUCAAGGAAAGACGAGGGCCAUUUGGUUGUCCUCACAGAUGAAGGACUAUUGAUUCUCAACCCGUUUCUCGAGAUCCGCGCAGGCUGCUCAGUUGGGAAACCCGUUAGCGAGUUGAUUAGCUCAUGCGAUGAUAACUUGGCCUUUCGAAGCAACGAUGAUUCUGUAAAUAUCGUCAAAUUGAUCUUGGAGCCCGCUACACUCCUAGUCUCGUCGUGUUUGAAAUGCUUCAAGUUUCUUUCAGGAUCAACUGUGAAUCAAACAAUCUGGAUAUUGUGGCGGGCCGCUUUCAGUUUCAACGGGGACGAGUGGGACUCGUUGGUGAUAUCAUUGCUUUCCCUAUUCUUUCCCUUUGAUGACGGUGCUCCCGGGGUCGAGAAUUGCGUUACUGAUCUUUUACCUCAAGCAAAGCAUUUAAGAGAAAGCUCGCAUUUAAACUAUUCCUUGACAGAUCUCAUACCGUAUAUUACCUUGUCAUUGCAUCUCAUCAGAGAAGAUUUCAGACUAGAUGUCACGAGAAAACGGGAUUUAUCCAUCUUGGGCACAUUCCUAACCCAAGUUUGCGCUUGGAUGGGAUGGACUGAAGAUUGGCUCAAGUACUACUCCAGCGGGAUUAACGUGGAUAUGACUACGAGAAUUUUGCUGCUUCAAGUGCUCAAAACCCCACCCAAUCUUUUCGAAUCACUAGCGAGCUUAUUCACAAACACCAUUGUACCUUAUGUGUCUUUUUCCCAGUUGGUGGAGGAAAGCGAGUCCGUUGAUGCCGUAAUCACCCCGUUGACCCACAUUGUGCUCAAACUAUUUGAGGUUUUGGUGUCUCCGCACUAUGGUGCAUCCAAUCUCGUUGAUAUGAUGGGCGACUUGGGCAUCACUUCGUUGGAUACGCUCCCUCUUGGUGUGUCGUUGCCGUUAAAGGAAGCGCUUCUGGUUUCACAAGAAAGCCCCAGCUUUGACUGGUCGUUCAACUCUUUGGCUCUAACUGGACGCGAAGACUUGAGGAGAUUGCUCACCAAUGAGAUGAGCUCCGACAUCAAGAGCAAAACCCAUCCUCUUCAUCAUCAUCAUCAUCAUCAUGAUGUUCAUGUUCAUCAUCGUCAUCAUCAUCAUCACCAUCACCAUCCUCAGGAUAUUGAAUCAAUAACCACCAACGUUGCACCCACCGAUGUCAACUCAUGGGACGACCAAGCAGAGGCAAAUAGGCUUGAAAUCACCAAACUCAUUUUUGACCGCGAUAGAAGAUACUUGGAAAUCACGACUUUGUUGCACCAGACAAAGACGCAGACAGCUUACUUGAAAGUAGAGGAAAAUAUCGCUGAGUAUGACCUCGUUUUGUUGCAGCGGAGCUUGGCUGUGGUUGUGGCGUUGAGGACAUUGACGAUUCCCAUGGGAAGAGCCGCACUAUACUAUGGCGGUAGAAAGCCCAUUUUAACGGAAAGGUUCCCCAUCCCCAAAUUCAACCUCAACACUUUGAUAUCACCUACAAUGACCAAUAUCAUACAUUCCGAGGAUAGCGUGGCCAAGGAUUUGAUCGAGUGGGGCCACUUCCAUAAUGGUGUCUCUUCUGGUCUUAGCAUUUCGCCCGAGUCAAAAGGAAUCUCGGGCAGUUGGAUCAUAUUCAACAAGCCUCAGGAGUUGAAUGCUCAACAUGCCGGUUUCCUACUAGGACUAGGAUUAAAUGGCCAUUUGAGCAAACUAGAAGAAUGGCACAUCUACAAUUACCUCGGACCCAAGCACCCUUUGACGAGUAUCGGGUUGUUGAUAGGAAUGGCUGCCAGCUUGCGCAGAACCAUGGAUAACAAAUUGACCAAGGUUCUUUCAGUCCAUGCUGUGGCUCUUUUACCGCGCGGUGCCAACGACUUGAAUGUCCCCACGCUGGUUCAAACUGCAGGCUUGAUGGGUAUAGGGUUGUUAUAUUUGGAAACGCAGCACCGCCGGAUGAGCGAGAUUUUGUUGUCGCAGACAACGGGCACGGUGCAGCAGAAUAACUCGGUGCAUGUAAAUGAAGGUUAUCGAUUGGCCUCGGGGAUAGCGUUAGGGUAUGUCAAUUUGGGCAAAGGUGACGAUUUAAGAGGACUAAACGACACCCACGUGGUUGACAAGUUGAUGACUCUUGUUAUCUCGAUGAAGGACACGGGGUCGCUGCAGGAACUAGGAAAAUCAAGCUGCGGAGCCAUCAUGGCUCUUUGCUUGAUAUAUUUGAAGACAGAAAAUGCUAGCAUUGCCAACAAAUUGAGGAUACCUGAUUCCGAGCAGUUGUUGGACUAUAUUCGGCCCGAUUUGUUAUUUUUGAGGUGUCUUGCCGUUAAUAUGAUUAUGUGGAGCCAAAUCGACGCUAGUCGAGCUUGGGUCGAGUCGCAAAUUCCGCAGACUGUUGUUGCCGAGUUUAAGCGAGUCCAAGGCUUCAAUAGCAUGGACAGUGACUUGUUGAUAUAUUUGAAUAUUUUAGGUGGCUUGAGCUUAUCGAUUGCGAUGAAGUAUGCAUCGACCCACAACACAGAGGCUAGGGAUACCGUUUUGUAUUACCUUGACGAACUAAUGGAGUUGACUCGAAAACCAGCGGUAAACUACGACCAGAAACUCACUUACAACACAGCUUUGAGCAUGCAAAACAUUUUGGCCUUGUGUGCAUCUGUUAUCAUGGCAGCAAGCGGUGAUUUGGAAGUGUUUAGAAGGUUGCGAGUGUUGCACAAUGACACCACAAAGAAAUUGGGAUAUGGCGGCUACAUGGCCAUAAACUCUGCCUUGGGUUUCCUCUUUCUUGGAGGUGGACAAAUGGCUUUUGAUAACGUGUCAUUGUUUGGAGUGGCGAGUUUGAUCACCAGUCUAUACCCGAUAUACCCGAGGGAGAAUAGCGAAUACGAGAUUCAUUUGCAGGCCUUGAGGCAUUUUUGGGCGUUGGCGAUUGUUCCCCGAUGUGUCAUUGUUCGAGAUGUCAAGACCAAUGAGCCCUGCAAGAUACCAAUCACCAUCAAGAUGAAAAAUGGCGAGUCUUUGGAUAGGCUAUCGCCCUGCUUGAUACCUGACCCCAAUGAGAUCCAGCAACUUGAAACGAAAUCCAUCAACUAUUUCGACGUGGUGAUUGAUUUCGAGUUGAGAUCUGAGCUCUUGGAGAAUUUUGAAAAAUCAUUGACGUUGUACGUGAGUAAAAAACAAAAUUACUCGUUGUUGAAGCCAACGGUGCGCUCGAUUUUGCAAAGCAAAAGCAAGAGUAAAAAUCAAAAUAUUGCAAAGGAGUCCUUGUUGAACUGCGAAAUCAUGGCCGAUUUGAGCCACGCUUCGAAAUUGGCGUGGCAGAACGAAACGGACUUGAGACUAUCCAACUUCAAAAACAAUGAAUUGUCAGUCUACAGUAUCAUGAAUGCUCGAUUGGAAUUGAUAAACUAUGUCAAGGUGGCCAAUUCAACCGAAGAUAUCUGGAACUUGAAGUUGAUAUUCGAGUAUGCGAGGAAGAUGGAGCGAGACGAUUUAAACUUUGUAUCGUUGGACUUUAUCAACGAGUUGAAGCACAACUUAUGGGUCAAGGUCAAGUCUCUAAGUGAAGCAUAA